CCAAUCAGAGCGCCGCUUCCUCCAUUUCCUGUUGCGGUUCUGAGUUGCAGCGAUCAUCCACCUGCUUUUCAAAGAAUCUGUUUUUAUUUAUUCAUAUCUCCUUCGGCCACAUGAGUCAGAGCUGAUGGAGUUUGGCAUGUGAGCGAUUGUGUGGUCGUUCGUGGCUCAGCUGAUGGCGGUGGACGCUGUCAUGGAGAUGUAAACAGCUUAGAGACGACUUUGCGGUAAACGAGUGCAGCGAUGUGGGAUUGCAACCUGCCGGAAGCCCUGCUUGUUACUGGACUGGGGAUGGAGCCCCGGGAGGCCAUGUUCGACCCCUAACCACCGCGGAUCCGACACCAAAACCCAGGGUCCAGCAUGUCCAUCACUCUGCUGUGGGCCGUGGACGUGUACGGCCGCGUGUACAGCCUCUCCACGGCCGGUCAGCGCUGGGAGCGGGCCGACGACCUGCUGCUGGAGCUGAAGCGUGUCAGCGCGGGCAAGGGCCGCUGCUGGGGCAUCGGCUGUGACCACCACGUGUACCUCAACAUGAUGCCCCACGAGACCCCCAUCCGCUUCAAAGAGGAGACCUAUGAGAACCAGAGGUGGAACCCAGUGGACGGGUUCACAGACACGCUGCUUCCCACCGAUCGCUGGCCCUGGAGUGAUGUCACGGGUUUGACCCCGCAGCCGCUGCACAGCUUCCAGUUGCCGUCGCGAAGCUGGGAGUGGGAAGGGGACUGGUACGUGGACCAGAGCUGUGGAGGAGAGCCCAGUCAGACGGGGGGCUGGGAAUAUGCCGUUGACUUCCCGGCAAACUUCUCUCCCGACAAGAAAUGGAACUCGUGCGUGCGGCGGAGGCGCUGGAUCCGCUACAGGAGAUACGUGGCGCAGGGCAGCUGGGCCAAGAUUCCUCUUGACAACCCGAGGAGGGCGCCGCUGCCUUUGUGUGACAUCAGCUGUGGCGGGUGGGAGAUGAGCGACCAGUCUGGGAGGUACCCCUACCUGUGGGGCGUGACGCAGCAGGGCCAGGUGUGGUUUAGAGAGGGCAUCCAUCCUCGGGUACCGGAGGGCUCCAGCUGGGAGGAGGUGGAGGUGCCCAAGGAGGUGGCUCAGAUGUCCACAGGCCCCGGGGACCUGCUGUGGGCACUGCUGUGGGACGGGAAUCUGCUGGUCCGUACUGGGCUCAGCCUGGACAGUCCGAUCGGAACGGCGUGGGCGGAGGUGGAAUCUCCGGUGAAAGAAGUGGAAGCGCUUCACGUCUCUGUGGGAGUGGGCGUGGUUUGGGUGGUCACUAAAGACUACAAGGUCUGGUUCAGACGGGGGGUGAAUUCCCACAACCCCUGUGGCUCUGGGUGGAUCAGCAUCGGGGGGGAGAUGAUGAUGGUGGAUGUUGGACUCAAUGAUCAGGUGUGGGCCGUUGGUGAAGACCGUGGUUUGUACUUCAGAAUGGGAGUGACACCGUCAGAGCCGACUGGAAACGGCUGGAUCCCAGUGUCUGCCGAGUGGGGGAGUGGCAAAGAGGGCGUGGCCUCCAGGACCAAGUCAGAGUCCAGCGGGCCGCAGAUCGACGCUUCCCAAGUGUCUGACUCGGACUCGGAGUUGGGCCCGAUGGACCAGCAACACAGCACCGCCUCCGACACGCCCGUCCUGGAAGCAGCGGAUUCAUCGGUGGUACCUUUAGGAGGGACCGACCAGUCUACUGAGCUGGAGGUCCCUCCUGCAGCCCCCGGCCAAGACGCUCCAAAACCCUUCAUUCCUGCCAGCGACAGUUUCAUCAACAGCCUGGUGUCUGACCGAGAGAAACCCCCCUCGAUGCAGCAGCCCAUCGCUGAGGUGCCGCAGGAAGAGGAGCCGGCCAGGAUCCUCCCGACCCCGGAGGUCACCGGCCGCAGUGACCCCUGGAGUAACGUGGAUCUGGAAGGAGCAGAGGCGGCUCGCAUCGAGCAAGCAGCAGCCGCGGGGGCUUCCCUGAUCGAGGGCAGCAGCGGGGCGACCUCCAGCUUGGAGGCCUCUCACGGAGUCGGGGAAGAGGACGGACCAGUGUGGGCCUGGAUCUCAGGAGGAGGCUGCAAUGUGGACGCCAGUUCCCAGAUCAGCUGGCUCAGUUCAACAGGGCCUCUGGUCAGUUCCCUGUCGCUGACUCCGGUCCAGUCGGCGGCCUGGAGUGAACAGCAGGAGCCUCGAGAGGAGACCAGGAAGAAACCGCUGGAGAGAAGCAACUCGGUGUGGGUGCGCAAGGGUUUGCUGCGCUGGUGGAGAGACUGGAAGCCUCAGCGCUGGGUGGACGUCAGCGUCGCACUGGAGCAGUCCACCAAGUCCGACGGCAGGAAGGACAGCAUCUUUUUCGUCUACUACACACAGUACGAUGAGAAAAAGUACCUGCACGUGUGCAUCAACGAGGUGACCGCUGUGGUUCCAGUUCUCAGGGACUGCCACUAUGCCUUCGCUGUCUACACAGCCCAGAGAACCAAAGCAAGGUCACCUCUGGUCCUGGCAGCCCAGACUGAGCAGGACAUGAACGACUGGCUGACUCUGCUGUCCGAGUGUUGCUGCGAGUGUCGGGGCAUCACCGCCCCCCCAUCCAGACACGCCUUGUGGUCCACCACAGUCAAAGGGGACAUUUUGGUCCAUGAGCCGUCCUUCUCCCUGGAGGCGCCCGCGCACACGCCUGCCUGCGACCACACGUUCUGGCGGCAGGUCCCAGGUCACCUGCGCUGUAUAGAGUCUAACAGUCUGGGGCUCGUAUGGGGCAUCGGGUGGGACGGCACGGCCUGGGUCUACAGUGGGCAUCAGCCCGCCUCGGGAGACCCAACUCAGCUGCAGCAGCAGACCGAUGUCAGAAGCGUUCACGUGUACGAGAACCAAAGAUGGAACCCCAUGACCGGAUACACGGAUAAGGGGCUUCCCACCGACCGACCCAUGUGGAGCGACGAGAGCGGGCUGAGGGAGUGCACCAAAGGCUCCACCCACCCACCGACGCCUCAGUGGUCCUGGAUUUCUGAGUGGGCGGUGGACCACGGUGUUCCCGGGGGGACGGACAAAGAAGGCUGGCAGUAUGCGGCCGACUUCCCUGUAACUUUCCAUGGCCACAAAACCAUGAAAGAUUUCGUUAGGCGGCGGAGAUGGGCAAGGAAGUGCAAGAUCGCAGUGAGGGGCCCCUGGCAGCAGGUGCCUCCCAUCCCUCUGUCUGACAUCUCCAUGAUGCCGUGUUUGGCCCAGUCCAAGAUGGAGCAGGUCCCUCUGUGGGCCGUCAGCGACAAGGGAGAUAUUCUGUGCCGCCUCGGAGUGACUCCCCAGAACCCAGCGGGGGGCUCAUGGCUCCAUGUGGGAACUGACCAGCCCUUCAAGUCCAUCUCCAUCGGAGGGGCCCACCAAGUCUGGGCCAUAGCCAGAGACGGGUCUGUGUUCUACAGAGGAUCCGUGUCCCCGCAGAACCCCGCAGGCGAAUGCUGGUAUCACAUCCCGUCCCCUGCCAGACAGACCCUGAGGCAGUUGUCAGUGGGCAGGACCUCGGUCUUCGCUGUGGACGACAACAACAACCUGUGGUUCAGGCAGGGCCUCACCCCGAGCUACCCUCAGGGCUCAGCCUGGGAGCUCGUCUCCAACAACGUCUCCAAAGUCUCUGUGGGACCCCUGGACCAGGUCUGGAUCAUAUCAGAGAGCGUCCCGGGUUUCCCAGCUGAGACCCCAGGAGCCAUUUGUCACAGACUUGGGGUGGGACCCAUGCAGCCCAAGGGCCAGUCCUGGGACUUUGGUUUAGGGGGAGGAUGUGAGCACAUCUCAGUGCGGGGAAACUCCGUGGAGCCCCCCCGCACUUCUCUGACCGCCGCCCCCUCACGAAGCCCCGCCCCUCAGAGGACCCCCACACAAGUGAACGGAAGUGCAGUGGAAGUUUAGCAAAGCAACUCCUGUCUUCUCCUGCCCCCUCCACGUUUGGAGAAUGCACAAUCACAAGAUCCUCUGCAUCGAUGGACGAAUGUUUUCUCUGGCACUGAGACCUAAGAUGUGAAUUUGGUUAUGAUGUGUGCAUGUGUUUGCUCCCGUGAGUUUGGCAACCAGGCGACUCCAGCAAUAGCAUCUACUCCUCGACACAACAUCCCGACGGACGGGGGCUUCGACGGAAGGGCUCAAGUCUAACUCUGUGUGUCUCAUGCAUGUUGUUUGUUACAGUUUUGUCUUCCUGGUUUGUUUGCUUUAGUGUCGGCUGCCUGAAUCUCUCCGGGAACUUUUGAAAGCGACUGUGUUCCUCAUGUUCCUGUCACUCGGACUGUUGCAGUUUGAAAUGUCAAAUAAAAGUUUG